AUGGGGACGGGCAACAGCACAGCAGACUUGGGCCAGGUUGCCUUCACCCUGGUGGGCAUCCCAGGACUGGAAGCUGCCCAUGUCUGGAUCGGCAUCCCACUCUGCUUCAUGUACAUUAUCACCUUACUGGGUAACGCCACCAUUCUCUUUAUCAUCAAGACCGAGCCAGCCCUCCACAAGCCCAUGUAUCUCUUCCUCUCCAUGCUGGCCCUGAAUGACCUGAUCAUCAGCACUUCCACCCUCCCCAAGAUGCUGAACAUCAUGUGGCAGGGUGGCAGGGAGAUUGCCUUUGACGCCUGCCUGGUGCAGAUGUAUUUCAUCCAUGCCUUCUCCAUUGUGGAGUCGGCCAUCCUGUUGGCCAUGGCCAUUGACCGCUAUGUGGCCAUCUGCCACCCUCUGCAUUAUGCUGCCAUCCUCAGCAACCCGGUGGUGGCCAAGAUGGGGCUGGCGGCAGCUGCCCGGGGUGUGGUCUUGGUGGUCCCCUGCCCUGUGCUCAUCAAAAGGCUGGCCUACUGCUCCCGGAGGGUCAUCCAGCACACCUACUGCGAGCACAUGGCCGUGGUGAAGCUGGCCUGUGCCGACACGACCGUCAACUGGACGUACGGGAUCUGCGUGGCUCUCUUGGUCGUGGUGCUUGACCUGGGGCUCAUUGUCACCUCUUACAUGCUGAUCCUCCGAGCAGUCUUCCGGCUGUCAUCACGGGAAGCACGAGCCAAGGCCCUGGGGACCUGUGCUGCCCACACCUGCACCAUCCUGGUGUCCUACGUGCCUGCCCUCUUCACUUUCCUGACCCACAGAAUUGGCAGAAACGUGCCCCCCUAUAUCCACAUCCUGCUGGCCAGCCUGUACCUUCUGUUGCCACCCAUGGUGAACCCACUUGUGUAUGGGGUGAAGACACAGCAGAUCCGCCAGCGGGUGCUCAGCCUUUUCAGCCAGGGGGGAAAGGUGCUGGGAGAACAUUAG